CUCUCUCUCUCUCUCACUGUUUUUCUUUCUCUGCUUUCCUUCUUCUUCUUCCAUCUUCUUUCGAAGAAGAAAUAAAAGUAGUAAAGGGAGAAGAAGAUGGGUGUGAGAGUGAUGAGUGUUUUCUUUUUACCAUGAACAAACAACUACACACUACCCUCUUCUUCUUCUCUGAAGAAAGAAGAUGGCAAUCCAACAUCACAAUGACCAACUAGAACAACAACAUCACCACCAACACGCUGUCCUCGAUGCCCUUUACUGCGACGAAGGAAAGUGGGAAGAAGAAGAAGAAGAAGAAGAGUUCUCAGGAGAGAGUGAUGUCACAACAAACCACGACCAUGAAGAAGAAGAUGAUGAUGGUGUCAACUUCAACUUGAACUUCCAUUCCUUUGACCCUCUGCUCUUGUUGGAGCAGGACAUGUUCUGGGAAGAUGAAGAGCUCAACACCCUCUUCUCCAAAGAGAAGCUUGACCACGAAGCCUAUUAUAACAAUGGCGAUGAUGUCAUGAAAGCAUUGGAUCCUUCUUCUUCUUCUUCUGUGUGUAUGGCUCGCCGUGAAGCAGUUGAAUGGAUGCUUAAGGUGAAUGCUCAUUACGGGUUCUCAGCUCUGACGGCAACACUUGCCGUUACUUAUCUGGAUAGGUUCCUCUUGAGCUUCCAUUUUCAAAGGGAGAAGCCAUGGAUGAUCCAACUUGCCUCUGUUACUUGCAUCUCUUUGGCUGCUAAAGUUGAAGAAACUCAAGUGCCUCUUCUCUUGGACCUUCAAGUAGAAGAUGCAAAAUAUGUGUUUGAGGCAAAGACUAUUCAGAGAAUGGAGCUUCUGAUUCUGUCCACCUUGAAUUGGAAGAUGCACCCUGUGACCCCACUCUCAUUUCUAGAUCACAUUAUAAGGAGGUUGGGACUCAAAACACACCUUCACUGGCAGUUUCUCAAGCGGUGUGAGAGUCUUCUUCUGUCUUUGCUAUUGGAUUCAAGAUUUGUUGGUUGUCUUCCUUCUGUAUUGGCCACUGCAACAAUGCUGAAUGUAAUAGGCCAGAUUCAUCACAGCACUGAGGGAGUGGAAUACAAAAACCAGCUUCUUAGUGUUCUCAACAUGAACAAGGAGAAGGUAGAUGAAUGUUAUAAAGGCAUAGUGGAGGUGACAAAUAAUAAUAAUAAUAAUGGUGGGAGGGGGAAGAAGAGAAAGUAUGAGGAAAUCCCUGGUAGCCCAAGUGGCGUAAUUGAUGCAGUGUUCAGCUCUGAUGAUGGUUCCAACGAUUCGUGGGAAGUGGUGGUGGGGUCAUCACCAUCACAAGAGGAGGCUCAGCCUCAGCCUCUCUUGAAGAACAAGAAACAACAAUUGAAAUUGUCAUCACUUAACAGGGUCAUUGUCGGAAUUGUUGGCACCACCCCAUAAAAAGUACCCCUUUGCUCUUUUUACUAUUCUAUCUCUUCAUUUCCAACAAUGUCCAACAAGGUCAUAGAAGAAGGGGGAAGAGGAGGGACAAAGUUGGCAAUGAGGACUAUGAUAUAUCUCUUCUAGACCAUACCAAAUCUGGACAUAUGUUACAUCUUUAAUUUUCCUAGUAUAAUAAAUUGGGAACAAUUUUGUUUA